UAGCCGCCUCCGGUUGCGUAGCGUUUUAUUCUCCGCUGGGUCUGCAGCUCCGGACGGAGGUCUGCUGAGCUGCCGAGCUGCGCAGCUGAGGAGCUGCAGAAUCUGGCUCUCGAAGCUGCGGAUAUCAGCGAGAUUUCGUGUUGCCUGUCCUGAGCUGUUUCACUAAUAAUUAGUAGCGAAUCGCUCCUGAUUGCCGCGAGCCGGAAAGAACAAAGGAAUCAAGAAGGAGACGCUCGGCCACGGGCCGCCUUGCUCCGGAGUGGCUUCUGCUCGCUCCUGUCCGGAGAAACUGGAUUUAUAAUCGUCACUGGAUUGUGGAACUUUUUAGUGCAACAAGUGGUUAUUAGAGAAGUGAGUCACCAAGAAAUAAAGAUGAGUAAGAGCAAAGAUGAUGCUCCUCAUGAACUGGAGAGCCAGUUUAUCUUACGCCUUCCUCCAGAGUAUGCCUCUACUGUGAGGCGAGCAGUACAGUCUGGCCAUGUCAACCUGAAGGACAGACUGACAAUUGAAUUACACCCUGAUGGGCGUCAUGGAAUCGUCAGAGUGGAUCGGGUCCCACUGGCCUCAAAACUGGUGGAUCUGCCGUGUGUUAUGGAAAGUUUGAAAACCAUUGAUAAGAAAACCUUUUACAAGACAGCUGAUAUCUGUCAGAUGCUUGUCUCUACAGUUGAUGGUGAUCUCUAUCCUCCUGUGGAGGAACCAGUUGCUACUGCUGAUCCCAAAGCAAGCAAGAAAAAGGAUAAGGACAAAGAGAAAAAAUUUGUAUGGAACCAUGGAAUUACUCUGCCUCUAAAAAAUGUCCGAAAGAGAAGGUUCCGGAAGACAGCAAAGAAGAAGUAUAUUGAAUCUCCAGAUGUGGAAAAAGAAGUGAAGCGGUUGCUGAGCACAGAUGCUGAAGCUGUCAGUACUCGUUGGGAAAUAAUUGCUGAAGAUGAAACAAAAGAAACAGAAAAUCAGGGCCUUGAUAUCGCUUCUCCAGGAAUGUCUGGCCACAGGCAGGGCCAUGACUCAUUAGAACAUGAUGAGCUUCGGGAGAUAUUCAAUGACCUCAGCAGCAGCAGCGAAGAUGAAGAUGAGACGCAGCAUCAAGAUGAAGAAGAUAUAAACAUCAUCGACACUGAGGAAGAUCUGGAAAGACAGCUACAGGACAAGCUAAAUGAAUCAGAUGAACAGCACCAAGAAAACGAGGGAACCAAUCAGCUGGUUAUGGGAAUCCAGAAACAGAUUGAUAACAUGAAAGGCAAGCUCCAGGAGACCCAGGACAGGGCAAAGCGACAGGAGGAUCUCAUCAUGAAAGUGGAAAACCUGGCUCUCAAGAACAGAUUUCAGGCUGUGCUAGAUGAACUGAAACAAAAGGAAGACCGAGAAAAGGAGCAGCUCAGCUCUCUGCAAGAAGAGCUAGAAUCACUCCUAGAGAAGUGAGGAGAGCUUUGAUACUUAAUUUCAUUCCUGAGAGGGGUCAGCCUUGAAAGAAAAAUUUUUGUUUCAUUGCCUGGACUAGAUAGUAUAUCUCUGCAGUAGUUCGCAUUUCCUUCAUUGCAUUCUGUUCUAUUUGUAUAGUAGACAAAUGUGAAUUUCUAUCUCAUUUGUCUUUCAGAACCACUUUGCUAGGUGUUUGCCCUGUAGAAAGUAGGAAUGUAUAGACAAAUGUAGGAAAGUUGUAGAAUUAGCGGAGUGAACAGUUCAACUUAGUAAUUAAUCGCAGCUUCACUAGAGGACUUUGUUACUGUUUGUCCAUUUACCAGAAGCUGCUGUUGUUCCUGUGUGAUGCCAUUUGAGAUGAGUAAGAGCCUAGUCUGGGGGCGGGGGAGCUUGUUUGCAUAUGCUUUCCCAUGCUGUAGCUAUUUUCCCAGCUAUUCAAAGCAAUUUUCUACAUUUAGCAUUGCAAAUCAUUUAUAAGGUUGUUUAACACAAUAAAUAAAAGCAAGUAAUUUUCACCUCAUAA